UCAGAGCCAGAGUCAGCACCAGGGUCUGAAUCAGCAGCUGGCAUUGAGCCUGCAGGUUCUCCCAGGCAGCGGCGUUCCAUCAUCCGGGACCGUGGGCCACUGUACGACGACCCGUCGCUACCUGAAGGGUGGACUCGAAAACUCAAACAGAGGAAGUCUGGACGCUCGGCGGGGAAAUUUGACGUCUACCUGAUCAACUCGGAGGGGAAGGCGUUUCGAUCCAAGGUGGAACUUAUUGCCUACUUCCAGAAGGUUGGUGACACGACCACUGACCCUAACGAUUUUGAUUUCACUGUCACCGGACGUGGAAGCCCCUCACGCCGUGAGAAGCGUCCUCCCAAGAAACCGAAGGUGGUGAAACCAUCGGGGCGAGGCCGUGGACGACCCAAAGGCAGUGGAAAAAUGCGACAGGCUACAGAGGGCGUGGCCAUGAAGCGUGUGGUUGAGAAAAGUCCAGGCAAACUGCUGGUUAAGAUGCCCUUCAGCAAGGCCGAGUCCUCCACUGGCACCACCUCCGCUGCCUCAAAGGUGAUGUCUCCUGCUCUGGUGCCCAAGUCCCGUCCUGGGAGAAAGAGGAAAUCAGAACAGGAAAUUGUGCCCCCAACACAGACGGCCCCCAAGAAACGGGGCAGGAAACCAGCCUCAGCUUCAGCAGCAACAUCAGCUGCCGCAGCAUCCACUUCCUCAGCCUCAACCUCGGGUAGCUCAGCAGCCGGUAGCUAUGCAGCAGCUGCCAUCUUAGCUGCCGAGGCCAAACGAAGAGCAGCCAAGGAGUCUUCCACCAAACCUGUCGUCCAGGAAACAGCCCUGCCCAUCAAAAAACGUAAAACGAGAGAGACAGUGGAGGAGAGGGAGAGUGUGCAGACUCCAGCUGCUACAGCAACUGAGACUGAAAAGAGGGCUGCUGCAGUGGGGGAGGGAAGUACAGGGGAGGGAGCCCCAACCUCUGAACCUCAGCCAGUCCCCUCUGAACAGAGCCAGUCACAAAAGCAGCCCACUGCUUCAGAUGAAAGCCCAUCACAUGGACACAAGUCACAUAAAGGGAGGAAGCACAAGGAGAAAACCGGAACUGCCACAGGAGACGCAGGAAACCGAGGAGAGGACACAGGUGAAGGUGUGGGUGAUAAGGGAGGGGCUGGAGGAGGAGGAGGAGGAGGAGGAGGAAGAGGAAGGAGUAGCAGCAGCAGCAGUAGCAUUAGCUCAUCAAAAAGCCACAAAAGGAAGGACCGAGCACCUCACAAACACCACCAUCACCACCACCACCACCACCAUCAUCAUCGUCACCAACAAUCCUCUGCCUCCACACUGGAUCAGCCUCCUCCUCCAGCCUCUGGACACCUGGCACCUUCCAGCCUGUCCAGGCCUGAAGCUGAACCCCAGACAGUGCAUCAACUCACCACCCAACAAUCGCAGCACACCCAGGAAGCUCCUCCCAGACCACAGUCAAAACCUGCACCUCAGACCCUACCUGAAUCUCGGCAUCCUCUCCCACAACCACGCCACCAAACCCAACCUCGUCCCCAACCACAUCACCAGACCCAGGCUCCGAGUCAAGCCCAGCCUCAAUACACAUCACCCCAGUCCUCUCCUACCAGGCAUAUUCUACCCCAGUCACGGCCUCAGCAAUCCCCUGCCCAAACCCACAGUCAGCUCCAGGCCUCCUCUCAAAAGACCCAGUCAUUGCUUGUCCACUCCCCAGCCCAGCAUAGAUCCCAGCUUCAGGUUCAGCAUGCUCCACCUCAGUCACACCCUCCGCAGUCCCCAUCCCUCCUGCACAUUCAUCCACUCCAAACGAGGCAUCCAGAUCUGCAGACGCAGUCCCCCACCGCACUCCAACCCCAAACCCAGUCCAGGCACUUAUCUCAGCCCCAAACCCAGCUCAAACAACAAUCUCAAAUGCAGCCCCGACAGUCACUGCAGCCUCAAUUUCAGGCCAGAACCCCAACCCAACUUCAGACUCAGUCCCAGUCCAGAACCACAGCCCAGCCUCAGCCUCAACUGCAGCCCAGAACCCUAGCCCAAAUGCAGCCUCAACCUCACUCCAGAACCCAAACCCAAACUCAGCCUCAGUCCAGGACCCCAGCUCAACCUCAGCCUCACCUGCAACCCAGGCAUCAAGUGCAGCCCCACCUGCAGACGAGGCAUCCUUCACAACUCCAACUCCAGACUCAACACAGACCACAACCCAGACAGCCUCUAUCCCAGCCCCAGUCCCAAGCACAACCACACUUUCAGCGGAUUCAAACACAGCUACAACCCCAGUCCCAUCCUCAGGUCACCAGACCUCAUGUGCAGCACUUCUCAUCCCAACGACCAUCUCCCAGUCCUACCAGGACCAACCUGGUCCCUGCACAGCAAAACCAGAGUGAACAGCCCCAAGAUCUGAGCACUACACGGCCUGGCCGAGGGGGCUUGCUGCCGAGCCGAGAGGUCGGUGCAGAAGGUGUCAGGGUGGAGGGGAGAGGGGAGCUGGCCGCGGCAUCAGAAAGCAGAGAAGUUUUAGGAGGAGAAAGAGGGUCAAAUAGCACCUCGAGGCCUCCCAGCUCCGUGCCCUCUGGACCUCCUGGAGUAGCUGGGACUGGGGUUGGGCUCGUGCCUGGGGCAGAUGGUAGGGCCAGGCUCAGGGCGGAGCCAGAGGCAGCAGGUGAGGGCAGGGAGCUCAGAGACAUCGUUCCCCAGUCCCCUGUCCCAUGCCCCAGCCGAGAGGAAACCGUAGAGUCACGGACUGCCGUCAGUGAAAGAGUCAGCUGAUCAGUGGGGCCGGUAGACCAGGCUGACUGAUCGUAGACUGGCGGACUGAGUCAGCACCAGGGGAAGAGGAGUGUGACUGGGCUGUUUUUACACUGUUUUCAGAUAGAAGGAUAGCGUCACACAGAGUUAGUAGGACUGUGUCUGAUUCUGUCUGGACACUGUAAAGUUCUGGAUCCAAGAACCUGACCUGGACAGUUGGAGAGGAGAGCGGAUAGUGUCUUUUUCUAGGAAAACAAGCAACAAGGAAAAAAUGAUUUAAAAAAAAGUGUGUAUGUAUAUAUAUAAUCAAAAGGCAGCUGUUGUGUCUCGGUAGUCUCCGUGGGGAGGGAGGGGAGUAGUUGAAAGUAAAAAAAAAACAACGCUUAACACAUUACUCUGAACAAAACGUUGCUUCCGGAAUAUAACCUGUUUUUUUAUUUGGUAUUUUGAUUGUUUAUUGUUUUGUCUCUGUUAUACAGCUUUAAACUCUGAUAUAAUUGACUGACGGUCCUUAACUCCUCGCAUUGUUGCUGACUGACAGUCCCUUAUUUAAAGUCCUGCUCUUAACCAAUGGUCUCUCACUAAAAGCCCUCCUGUUGACUGACAGCUCCUUACUGAAACUAGUCCCUGACUGAAAGCCUCAGAGGUGAUGUGGGGCAGUGGUUUGCACCUUAAACUGGUUUCUUAGAAAUCUCACCAUUAUUUUACUCUUCAUUGUCCAUCAAACCCAAAGAAAACCAGAAGAGGGGUCAAUAAUGUUUCCCCUCCACUUCCAGUCUGCCCCCUACAGGUAGCGAAUCUGCUAUGAGUAUUUAUAUCAUGACUCUACACAGACCUCAUCCUGAACAGUCUGAACAAAAACCCAUUUUCAAUAUUUUUUUUAAAUAUUUGAACAGCUUGAGUUCUUGAUGCCUCCUAUCAGACACUGAAACAGCCUCAAAAACAGAUAAUUAGGUUGUUUGAGGAGGAAAAGGCUCCUCCUUUGUUUUUCAAGCAUUUUCAACACAGCCAGUUGUUCUUCCAGGUUUGAGAUUCUUCCAUACUGGUCUUCAUUGAAUCUGUUCUGUGGUAGUGUUUUGUUUCCAAAGGAAGCACCAUUAAUAUCGAACCAAACCCACUUUGACAGUAGCUUUAUUUGAGCUUUUAGUCUUAAUGAACGAGUGGGAAACGAACUACUUUUGUGUCUACGUGUUGAAUGUCUGGAACAGUUUGCACUCCUCCAGUUUGUACAAUCAUCCGCCUGCAUGUCGCUCAGAGACCCUGCAGGCCUUCAACCGGAGACGCAUGUACGCAGGGGUCAACCUGGGGUUGUUGCUGCUGGUUUGAAGGAAGAUGUUAGAGUGAAACCCCGAAUGAGGUCUGGUUCAGCUUCAUAUGGAGGCAGAUGUGCCAGAGACCACAGCACAAAACUACUCAGUGAGCAGAAAACUGGCUUUGUGAGUUCAGAUGUGAGAGUGCGAUGGAGAGGCGGCGAGUUCUACUGUCACCCGAGGCCGCAGGACUGAUGUUUCUAAGUGCUCUCACUUUCAGAAACGGAACAGGAAGAUACACAGCUGGUGCUGGUUAGUGUAAAGAAUAGCAACAUGGUUCAUCAGACCAGUUUAAAAGUUUGUAAUCACGGGUUCAGAGGUACUGACAGAACCAGGACAUGUUCCUCCUUUCACUCAUUUCUUUUUUUAAAGGAGCAGAAAACCAGGCUGUUGUGCAUCAGUUGCUAAACCUCCACACACCUGCUGGUGCUGUGCUAAACAAGACCGCGUUAGUCACAUGCUAACGCUGCUAGCACUAGAUGGCUGCAUUUCAUAGAUUCGGUGUUUGUGUAACAAACUGCUUUGUGCUCUGAUCUGAGCUCAGUCCCCUAUUGCAGAGUUUGGGAAUUCACAAAUACACAUAGUCUUUUCUUUCAUUUCAGGCAGUGGUCAGCAGUGACCGGCUGCAUCCACAGAGGUCAGUGUAGCUCGACCUCCCCCACGCCACGGAGCAGAGCCAUCACAAACAUCACAUGCACAGUAAAGAGGAGGCGUGCACACAAGCUGUUUGCCCACAAGUUCACGUUCUUGUGAAAGUUUAGCUUAAAACAGUUGUAGCAGCUCGUUUUGCUUGUUUCCAACCUCCAGCAGGGUUUGUCUCUCUCUGUUCCACAGUGCACGCUGGACACGUCACACACAGGAAAACGGUUCUGCAAACUAUUUUAAACAUGACAGUUUCUGCCACAGGGGCAGAUGUGACAGAAGUAUCCGUUAAAAUCAUGGAUAAUACUCACUGGUGUGUGGAUUGUUUUCCUGAUAAAAGGCAACAAAGGGUUUUUAUUUCAGUUGCUUCAUGCUACUCUGAGCUGCCCUGAUGGAAUAAGAGUAGAAGCAUCAACACUGUCAGCAAACAAACAGACUUUAUCAAAAUGCAGCUUUAAUCAUCAUGAUGUGGUCAUUUAGGGAGAAAAUGCCCACUUGUCCCACAUCUGAGUCCACCGGUCUGUAAAAAAAAAAAAACUGUUGCUAUUUGUCACUUUAUUGUAAAACUUUGACCUUUGACCCUGUCAGGCUCCCGAAGGAAUGAUGACUCACCUGUGCAGAUGAGCCAAGCAACAUCUGUUGCCAUGGUGAUAUACUUGGUUAAAGCGAACCAAUUUCAUGAUACCAGAAAACCUGAGUUAAGGCCAAAGGGAGCUGACAACGCACUACUGUCACCCCAGAGAAGGGACUUUGAUUUGUCUUCAUCUGCUGUAAGCCUAAUGCCGCUCAGGUGUCUCUGGCUCCACCUGGUGGUGACAACCACACAGCACAGCCACAAACAUCAGGACUGAGCUCAGAGGAGAGACACUGCAGACACACUGUGAAACUGCAAAAGAAUUCAGUGUAAUGACACAAAAUAGUGUUAUCUCAUAUAAACAGUUCAAACUGAUCCAAACAGGCAGUAAGCAUAUCACCGUGGUUACUGAACUUGUGCAAAACUGAACUGUCUCUGUGCAGGUUCUUCUUUAGCUUCAGCUCGCGGUCAAAUGGGCUGUUUGUAGGUGAAAAUACACCCUGGGAGUGGCAGUUCUCUUCUGCAUCCACAGUCUUCUGCUGCUCUGACAUUUUCUGGCACAGCUGUUGCUGAGCUAGUUAAUGAGUGAAACAGCUCCAGCCUCGUCCUGCUUGUGUGAACCUGUCUCACAUCUGAACUAACAGCUUCUGUUUGAAAGUUGAUGCUCUCUCAGUAGUAUUGACAUCCAUAAACGUUUUGCACCUUCACAUGAUUUUUUGGGGAAGGCUCCAGCACUUUAGCACCAAUGUAGGAAAUUGAGCUUUUCACCCCCUCAACCAGAAAAAGGGAAUAUCUUCAUCCCGGAUAAAGUAAAUGUGCCUCAUUAUUUAAAGUCCCAUCUGUUCAUCUGAUGCUCGGGUCACGGCGAGCUCGCACAGGUGAUGCUGUUUGUCUCCAUCUGAGGCUGAAGGGUGUCCCCUCUGCGUACGUGGCACUCCACCAGCCAUCCAGUCUGUUAGCAUGCUGUCUGUCAUGCUGCAGAAAUCAAACAUCCCUUUGUGAACUGACUCACUCCACAAGACUCGACCCGGCACAAACUACAGUAACCAGCCACCAUAUUGCAUGUUCCAGAGUUUAGUGCCUAUAAUAUUGUGCGUCUUGCCAGAAGCCACCAUGUCCGCCAAGCCAUGUUGUGUUUCUAGACUUAGUAGUGAUGUGUGUGGUGACUUCAUAGUUGCUAAUAUUGAGGAUGAAUAUUCUGCUUUUUCUCUGGUUGGAAUUCAGUGGAAACUCCAAUACACUGUCGCUGUAGACAAAACUAGUUUUUACCUGUUUUCUUAUUUUUCUUUCUAACUAAAAGCUUUGUUGUUCCCUGAUCUGUGCUCGUCUGACUGAUUCCCAGGUUGUAGCUCAGCUCUCUCACACAAACACAAUACACCUGCUGAGGGGCCCUUGUUGGCCCCCAGAUGUAUGCCCAGGAACCAGCUGGUGAUGUAGAACGAUGUUAUUAGUUGAUAAGUCAAAAAUAUCACUGGUAGCAGCUUCUCACCUGUGAAUGUGUCAGUUUCCAGUUUUCUGUGCUAGUAAACCUCAGUGUGUGACUGUUGAUCAGGCAAAGCAGGGCAUGAGAGUAGGUUCACCUGGACUUAAGGCAAUAAUCAUCAGUGAUCGGUAAAGAAAAUAAAUGUCAGAUGUAUCAGUAAUUGUCAGUGGCAGCCUUACACUGCCCUGUCAAUGAGGUUUUCUGUCUGUUCACUACUGACACACGAGAAAUAGAGUGAUUUGAUAUAACAACUAUACUACAAACCGUGAUAGAGUCCAUCUAUAGGACCGAGGAUGGACGAGCUGUCAGAGUUAAGACUUAGAGGUUAAUUAAGUUCAGAUAACCCACAUUACACAGAGGCAGUCUAAUGUCUCCAAGGCCCCGAGGCAGUUGCCCACUCUGUCCUGACGCUGAUCAGUGUGACUGGGACAAAGCCUCAAACAUCUUCAGUUUCAGCUGCUGCGAACAAUCUGACAGAUUUAGUUUGAGCUUUUCUCAAAAAACCUGAGCAAAAAACUGACGGGGUCCAAACGGGAAACUGCCCCCAGGCGCCAGGGCAAGGAAUUACAAGUUAUUAUUAGGAGGAUUUAUAAAAACUAAAGCAGCCCAUCUUUGUAAAAGUUUAUAUAAAUUAAAUAUAAAUGAAACUGCUCAAUAACUUAUCCUGUUUUAUGAAAGAAAUAGAGUUUGGCCUCUGUGAACAUUUUAUUUUGACACCUGUAGGAUGGAGCAUUUUUAAAAUAAGAGCUGAGGUCGCUGAUUAAUCUGUCAAGAAGAUUAAAAUGACAACUUUUCAGAUUAACAGUAACUGACGAUAGACAGGACCAAGACUUCAACUCCCAUGGUGCACUGCUGCCACCUGCAGGCAGGCGCUGAGCUCAGUGCUACGUCAAUGAAGUAUGUGAACAUGAAUAUAAAGGACGAAGGUGAUUUGUUGACUACAUACUUUGAUUCAUCUUUUCUCAGACUUGAUUUUCUUUGUGGAACCUCUUUAAAGCAAAAAUGUCAAACAACAUUUAAUGUAUUUCAGAAUUCAGUGAUAAUGUGGCUAUAAAACAAUAGUUUUUACCCCUGAGUCGUUCACGUUAGUGCGCUUGGUUUGAUGACUUUGAAGAACAAGCUUUAUUUUAUUGUGAAUGUGACACGUCGGAGUCGAGGGCCACGCGCCGCCAUCACGGCCAACUUACGGUUUAAGUGUCUUGCCCAAGGAUACUUGGGCAUGUGGACUGCAGGCACCGAGAUUCGAACCUCCAGCUUUCCGGUUGGGACCAACUGCUCUACCCACCGCACCACUGGUGGUGUACCAUCGUGAUUUACUUCCGGCGCCAGCAGCUCUGUCCUUUGUUGUGUUUUUUCCAUGUUAUACUUCUUUCUCUAGGCCUUUGUGGAGCUACAGGGUAACUUUAACAUCAGCUCCUUCUUUAGCUGAAAAACAGCACAAACUAUUGUUUCUGACACGUUUCAGUAGAAUAAACGGAGGCAGAUUUUACAGCAGAAGGAAUAUUAAACCAUGUGAGCGUGGAUUUGAAAUGAGUCACGUGGAGUGUUUAGGUAAUAAAAACACGUGACCUCUCGGUGACCCCUGACCACAGGCAGGUGAACA